UCAGAAGAUUUUGGAUUUUGGGAUUUCUUUUCUCGCGAUCUCGUCCGAAAAGAAAAUGCGCGAGACACUGACAUGGCCAUUGACGACAUUGACUCUCUGUGAUUUUACAAUUACGCUCUUAACCGGGGGUAUAUAAAGCGAAGGCCACCAGGCGGCACCGCCCUGUUUUUGCCCUGCUUCAUGAAGAGAGGAGAGUUCUGAGAGAGAAGCCGAAAGGAAUUAAAUAGGAAAGAAAGAAAGAAAGAGCCCGAGCUUUUGCUUCAGCUGGGGAUCGUUUCUACCCCUGCGCUUCUUCGAUAACUAGUAUGUCGAGGAACGGCGUGGUCUCGUGGCUGAGGAGGUCGUCGGACCAGCUCGACGGCAGCGACCCGUCGCCGUGCGGCUCCGAGGAUGUCCACGUCCUCGCCGUCGACGACAGCCUCGUCGAUCGGAAGGUCAUCGAGCGCUUGCUUAAAAUCUCUUCCUGUAAAGUUACAGCAGUGGAUAGUGGGAUCAGAGCUCUUCAGUUUCUUGGUCUGGACGAGGAGAAAACAGCUGGAGAUUUUAGCGGGUUGAAGGUGGACUUGAUAAUCACAGAUUAUUGUAUGCCCGGAAUGACUGGUUACGAGCUCCUCAAGAAGAUCAAGGAAUCCUCUGCUCUGAGGGAUAUUCCGGUGGUGAUCAUGUCGUCCGAGAACGUCUUGGCACGAAUCGACAGGUGUAUGGAGGAAGGUGCGGAGGAUUUCAUCGUGAAGCCCGUGAAACUGUCGGACGUGAAGCGGUUGAGGGAUUUCAUGACGAGAGACGUCGUAGAUAGAGUGAGGAGCGACGGGGGAGGCGGGACCCACAAGAGGAAGCUGAACGAGAGCUCCGACGGGUCCUCAUCCUCGCGGUCCGUCUCUUCUUCCGCAUCGUCAUCCUCAUCCUCGCAUCCUACGCCGCCGUCUCGUUCGCCGUCGCCCUCGGUUUCUUCGUCCGAGCCGUCCGAGCCGUCCUCUCCGCCGCCGUCUCGCCGACCUCGCUCGCCAACCUCGCUGGAAUCUCCCACGAGACGGCUCAAAAUGACUAGCGGCUGUGACUAGCAUCGUCCCAAAUUGUUUUUUUUUUUUUUUGGUGGUUAAUUUUCUUAAUUUUUUUCUUUUUUUGGGUUCGGGCUGGAAUUGGCAGCUCAAGUUUUACAGUUA